AAAGAAACUCGGGCUUGCACAAGUUCCAUUUCUGCUGGAACAGAAUACUUGAACCAUGACCAGAGUAACCAAAAUGGCGCGGAAGACGCACGAAGAGGCGUCCGGGUUUGUGGUGACACCUCUUUUGCCAAAGUCCAACUCGACAGGGGAGCAGCCGGAUAGUACUAAGAAGCGGAAACGUAAGGAGGAAGUCGUGGCUGCUCCUACAGAGGCGAAAAAACACAAGCACGCCGAAAAGUCUUCCAAGGAGGAAAAGAAAAAGCGAAAGGAAAAAAAAUCUCCGGAGGGAACGAGUGACGGUCCGAAGGUAGCGGAUAGUACAGAAGUCAGCGAAAAGACGCCCAAGCCGAAUAAGAAGAGAAAAGGAGAGGACAAUAGCCCUGCGGUUGGUGAGAGACAGACAGACAACACUCCAGCUGCUCCAUCUACAGGUGGAUCCGCUCAAAAGAAAAAGAAGAUGCGCCAUCGAUCAAAAGCUGAGUCGACACAGGGUGCCGGUACAUCUGGGGGAAAGCGGGGUAAGGGAAAAGUAGCCGAGGAUGGUCUAUCAAAGUAUGAGAGGGAAGCCCUCAGAAGACGAACAAGGAGAGAAGCAAUGAGGGAGAAGAAAAUGGUCUGCUACCUUUGCAGAAGCAUGGGGCACUCCAUAAAAUUCUGUCCGAAAGCUACGGAACAAGAUAAACAAGCCGUAUCCGGAAUUUGUUACAAGUGCGGUUCUACUGCCCACAAAUCAUCAGAAUGCAAAAAAAUGGUGGAUCCUAAGAACCCAUAUCCUUUUGCGCACUGUUUUGUUUGCGAUCAGCAAGGCCACUUGGCAAGUUUAUGCCCAAAAAAUGAACGGGGUCUGUAUCCGAACGGAGGCGGUUGCAAAUACUGUGGUUCAGUUAGGCACUUGGCGAGGGACUGUAAGCCUGCGUUGCAGGAAGCUGGGAUUACCACGCUAGGCACCAUCGAUCUCAAGCAAGGUGGUGACGAUGACGAUGUGUUCGUAGCGCUACAUAAGAUGCAAGGUGACAAAGAAAAGGCGGCUGAGACUACAAAGCCAGGUACUAGGAAGUCUUCAAAGAAAAAGGUCGUAAAAUUCUAGGUUAGUGGUGCCGGUAUGGGAGAGGAGCUUGCUGAGCUGUUGAAGUUAGUGAUCGAUUUAAUCAUGCAUUUACGGGUAGUUUGAGGUAGCUUUUGACUGAUAAUGAUAAUUUAUGAGAGUUGCAUAGUGCGGAGCCGAUGGGUAUUGGCGGCACCAGGGAUUGAACCGCGCGACAACCGGUUCGGAAAACCUAAUCUAACCAAUCUACGUUCUACGCUACGGCUGGAACACUCCUCCUGCUGAACACUUCUGGUCUACAGUGCCCAUCCAACAUUGAUCUCACAAUCAUUAGCAUGUUGCAGGUUGACAGCGUAUCUCGAUUCCAGUAGCGCAUUCCCGAUGUCCAGGCUUGCUGCAAACAGUUAGGGUUGGUACAACCCAGCAAUCCGUGGACUUUUUCAACCUUGCCUUCUCGUCGUCG